UUUUGUCGUUUAGGAUUCAUCAAACAUGGGUGUGCUUGUAAAAUUACUAGUGAUUUUUCUUUGCAUCAAAUGUGUUUUCUCUAAUGAAGCUCUACUAGAUCCGUGUAAUCAUGAUGAUAUAGAAUGUCUAAAUAAGGCGAUGGAGUCAUUUUUUAGCAAAACUAGUGCCGGAAUGCCAGAAUACGGCAUAAAGCAACUAGAACCUGUGGAACUAAAACACGUGGAAUACGCUGAUCCAGAUUCCGACAUCGUGAUGCACUUUAAGAACAUCAAGGUGAAAGGAAUGAAAAAUCAACAAAUCAGCGACUUCAAGAUGGAUAUAGAUGCGAAAUCCGUAGUUCUACAGACAAGAAUCGAAGCUGAUAUAGCGGCGGAUUUGACAAUUGAAUUUAAAGAUGUUGCCAAGUUCCUAUCCGGAACUUACAAAGGAAAAGCAAGCGAUGGUGAUUUUGUUUCUUUUAGAUUUUGUAAACUAAAAUAUUGCAAAACGGUCAUCCUGACUUCAGGCAAACAAACAUCGAGUUCGUUGACUCAGAGAGCCAGUAAAAUAUUGCGUUUGGAUGAGCCUUCUUUUGAAAACGAGUUUCAACGAUUAAUUUUAGAAUCGGAUCAGUGCGACAGCGAUAGGGAUGUUUAUAAUUGUUUGUUUUAUGUAGCUUACAUUGAAGCAAGUCAUUCGAGUGAAUCAGAGGUUGAAGAAAGUGGUAGUAGUACCACAUUUGACGACGAUGUAAGAAGAUCGGAUACCACUCUUGCUACUACGAUGUACUCAUACGAUUUGAAACCUAACAAAGAAGGAGUUGAAUAUUACGAAGUCGGUCCCGACACUAUCAGUUGCGAAAUCACAGGGACUCCUGAAGUCAGUAUUGAUUCGCAGUUUGCUGAUAUAAUUGCAAAAGAUCCAGACGCAGUAGCGCGAAAAGCUGAUUAUGAAAAGAGAGCCACGGAAGUAAGAAAGAGAGCUAUGUGCACGAUCAUUGCAGAAGCUUACAAAAUCGUUAUAUCAAACCUACGAGCUGCUGCUAGAAUACUACCUAAAACAGCAUUCUUCAAAGAUCUUUUAUAAAUUAUGAUUAUAAUUAUAGAAUUUAAUAAUUUUCAGUGCUUUUUUAAUCUAUAAUGAAUAUGUUAACUGAUCGAUGUCUGUACAUUGAAUAUGUAUGAAAAACUAUUAUGAAGGGCUAGUAUAAAGUAGAACACAAAACAAUUAUUUAAAAAUUUUUGUUUGUUAUCUGUGCGUUUGUGCACGCUCAUCUCAGAAACGGCUGAACCGAUUUAAAUGCAGUUUCCGCUGUAUUGUGGUUGUCUUCCGUUAACAUUAAGGUGUGGCG